AAUGGCGGACAGCGCGAGCGAGUUGGAGAGCGAUACGAGCUCUUUAGACGGGGGAACUAUUGCUAAAACCUCGGCCCAGUCUCAGACAGAGCAGCUGAAGAAGCGUGUUGAAUCACUGCAGCAAGAAAAUCGAGUGUUAAAAGUUGAGUUGGAAACGUACAAACUAAAAUGCAAGCAACUCGCGGAGGAAAAACAGGAGCUGAAAAAAAUGAGUGUGAACAUUCAAGCUCGUGCAGAGCAAGAAGAGGAAUUUAUCAGCAACACAUUGCUGAAGAAAAUACAACUACUCAAAAAAGAAAAGGAAUCUCUAGCCAUGAACUAUGAACAGGAAGAAGAAUUUCUUACAAAUGACCUUUCCAGGAAACUUCUUCAGCUGCGUCAUGAGAAGGUAGAGUUGGAGCAGACUUUGGAGAAGGAACAAGAGUACCAGGUGAACAAACUCAUGAGGAAGAUAGAAAAGCUGGAGAGAGACACCGUAACCAAACAGGCAACACUUGAACAGUUACGUCGUGAGAAGAUUGAGCUUGAGAAUGCCCUUGAACAGGAGCAGGAAUCACUCGUCAACCGCCUGUGGAAACGUAUGGACAAACUGGAGGCUGAGAAAAGGUUGCUACAGGAGAAGCUGGAGCAGCCUGUGACCGAGCCCCCGUCUCCACGAGACAUCAAUAAUGGGGACACCGCAGAGAAUCUUUCCUCCCACAUUGAAGGACUCCGUGGGGAGGUGGCCCGCCUCCGCAGGAUGUUGCAAUCAGCACAACAUGAGCAUGAGGAGAAAAUGGCCCACUAUGCCCAGGAAGAGCGGCACAUCCGGGAAGAGAACCUACGUCUACAGCGUAAACUACAGAUGGAGAUGGAGAGAAGGGAGAGUCUGUGUAGACACCUGUCAGAGAGUGAGUCCUCACUUGAAAUGGAUGAUGAAAGGCACUUCAACGAGAUGACAAAGCAGCAUGACAUGAGCGGUGGUAGCGCAUCUUCGUCUGGCUACGGCGGCCCCAGUUCGGGAAGCAGCCAUAUGCGGCCCCGCACUGUCUCCAGCCCCAUACCAUACAUCUCACCUAACUCGUCACGACCACUGUCUCCAGCAUCUGGGAUGCCGGCAAUAUUCAAUCCACCAAGUCCGAUGCGUCGUAACACAGGAGAGUCAAGCUGUAGCAAUAGCCGGUCUGCAUUCCACCCACCAGGAUAUGGCACUUCACCGCCUGUACACGGACAUGUACCCAUGCAGCACAGCUCUGGGCCACAGAAUACAUCAUCUUUGAAAAGAAAAGAGGCGGUCCUCAGGUGACAAGUUUGUGAGGCCAAGCAGUUACCCUAGCAUUGAAAAACAGGACAAAACCUGAUUACCUAGAUAAGGAAGGAGAAUGGAACAGCUAUCCAUGUGCUAUCUCUCCAAGUCAAGUUGGAGUCAACUACAACAGCAAACUUUACAUGUAGCAUUCUACCAUCAUUUUCUAUCCGUGCUUGAUCGUAGUUUGUGAGUCAGCUUUGAAAGUCUUAAAGGCUUCAAUGCUGCAAGUGCUCGCUUAAGUUCACUUAUUUCUGUUGUACAUUUAGUCGUUUGAACCAGAGUUAAAUAUGAGGUGGUUAUUUGUAGAAUAUAUGAUGUCCUGCUUACUCUCCCAGGAUUUAUUACACCUACCAUUGUAUUGUUUGGUGCUAUAUGUUUGUGGGGUCCCUUGUCCACAAAUUCUUCUUCUUUCUGUUGAUGAAGAAACCAUGUUCAGAUAGAAACCAGUAACUCUAUUGAAUAGUUAAAUUCCACUUUAAAAGCUGUAAGUGGAAAUGUCCUAGUAUCAUAUUUUGAUGAAUUUGCGAUAUUUUUGUGUAAAUUGAACUUAAGCCAAUAUUUAGAUUAAAAACAAGGUUGAGAUAACAAAUACAGCACCUUUUUACCAUUUCUAUGUUCCUAUGAAUUCAAAUUUUUGGGAAGUAAUGACUGAAAUCAUGGAAUGAAACUGAGCUCUGAGGCCUAAUCCAGGUCGUAAAUUGAAAUGAUCUUAGUGUCAUAUUUUUGUUAUUUUACUUUUUAAUUGUGUAGAUUAAGAUUGAGCCUGUAUAUGAAAUGAAGAUAAAGUUUAGGAAACAAAAUAAAACCUCUUCCAUUUGUGAUGUUAAUACAGAUUAAGAUUACUGUUGUUAUGACUAAAACCAUUUAAUUAAAUGGACUUUUGGACUUGAUAAACUGCCAUCUUGACUUGAUAAACUGCCAUCUUGACUUUAUAAACUGCCAUUAAUUCAAUAUUACUACCAUUUAUAUUUAAAGAUGUAGGGUAUACAUAAAAACAAGUAAUGGUACUGAUUUAAUAUGGUUAAGUUGGCAUUCAAGUAAGGCAGCCUGACUUUUGUGGAGUUUGUUUGCGCCCAUUAAAAUGCAACUCCAGUAUGUGAUAUGACAGGUUGCUUUACUUGAAUAGCAAUCUUAAAAUGCUUUUUUUGUCUGUGAUGUUUAUUAUUAUUAAAGUUGCAAUUAAAUUGCAAGGGGCUUUAAAUAUAAUGUUUGAAUUUGUUAUUUGGUGUUGUACAUUUUUUCAUGAUUACAUGCAUGUGCUUACUGUUUUUGACAGUGCAUUGUUGGUAGAAUGUUGCAUUACAAUUACAUGAAUGAUUCGCAUAUACUGAAUUCCAUUGUAUGCCUUUAUUACAGCUAAGUUAUAUUUCCUUGAUGUUGUAUCUGUUUUCUUUAAAAAUCAUUACUUACACUUCCGAGUAUUAUUACCGGGUACUUGUUGUUUUGUUAGCACACACACACAGACACACACACACAUUCACAUUUCAUUUUGUCACAGUAACCUAAUGUUACAAAAGACAUCAUGCACAAAUGUAGUUUAGUAUGUAGGGUAUUUCUUUUACUUCCUUCCAUUGUUGAUGUAAACCAGUCGAGGUAUAGCUUUGCGGUCGCCGCCAUUGGCCUGCAACGUUCUCUAUAACUAAUGAACAAAUGAAAGUUGUAACACAUGUUGCCAGACAUUAAACACACGUGCUGCCCAAAUAUUGUUAUGCUGUAUUGAACUGGAAAUAUAAGUUGAAUGCCCUCAGCCUAUGUGUAGUUGUCGCUCCAAAUAUUGUAUAUAAUAUUAGCUCUUAUGAUUAGCAUACUGCUUUUUUGUUGAGCCAAUAUUGAUAGUAAAGAAGCUGUUGAAAUGUUGAAAUUGAUGAUAUAAGUAUACUUAUAUAUAAGAUGAUUAUUUUCAGUAUUAUAUAAAAUAUGACAUACUUGGAUUACGUGUAGUCAGUCUAAGAUACAUGUAUACGGUGAAAAUUAACACUUAUACAUGUCUAGCUGUUUGAUUGUUUCUUCAAAGGCUGUCACAUUUUGCUCUGAGAGGCAGAUUUCACUGUCUUAUUAAGCUUAAUUCAAGUGCAUUCAUUGGGUUCCACUGAGUCUAUGUUAACCAAUCAUCAUUUGCUGAAUCCAUCAUGUGUUUAAUUCAAUGGAUGUUGUUUUGCUCCGAUCUCUCGUAUUAAGUUGCUUUGUUUUUUUCCCUAUCUUUAAUAAUGACAACUUCAAGGAACAAAUCUCAUUGUUGACUACAAAAAUAGCAAUCAGAAUGCAACAUUCAUUUGGAAUACACUAACAUUUACAUAGGAAACAUUUUUAAGUGAGUUAGAAAAACUAAAAGAAUUAUAACUGUAUUAUAUGUGCAAUAUUCAGUUGUAGUAAAACAUGGCCGGAAAGAAAACCCACUACUUAUACUUGCCAAUUCAUUAAAACCAUAGUUAAUGAUGAACAUGAUAGAUGAAUUAAAAACCAUACAUGUCUUUCAUUCACAUUAAUUUAAAAAAACUUGAUACUAACGAAAUAUUGUUUGUAGUAUUUGGAAGAAGUGAAGAGGGAAUGGCGUUACAAGAAAUCUACUGGAAGACAUAUUAUGUCAGUUUGAUGAAAUGUUAGGCUGUAUAGAAGAUGUAAUUGUCUUGUUGGGUCUUGUCAUGUCAUGACCUAUCACAACCUUGUCGCAUGUACCUCCAUUACUAUUUCACCUACACACAUGAAACUUAAUAGGAAUGUUGGUCAGGGGCAGACGUUGUGCAUGCCCAAUUUCUGUCACAGUGCACAGUCUUACAAUAAUUAAAGCCCUUGAUUUGCUAAAAAAUGGUCUGAAGAAUCUUGUUUAUCUUAUGGUCAGCAUAUGAGUUACAAAAUUUAUGGACCUUGACAUAGUAAAAAAUGGUCAAAUCUCAGAAGAAUCUUGUAGCAUGUUGCACAAAUGAUUGUACAAACACUCCUGAGACUUUAUAAGUAUGUUGGUGAGCAUGCUGUUAUGCACUGGAAAAUUUCUUUCACAUCCGUUUGUUAAUUUCACAAUGUUACUUCAAUUCUAAUGAACACUAAUGAAAAACACCAGUAUCUUCAUUCAAACAAGAUCACUUAUUGGACUUAUUUUAGUUGAAAUAUCAAAAAUUAUACAUCUUUUUCAGUUAUAACUGAGAAAAGUAAUGUCAACAAUAUAAAUAAUGACUCAUCAUAAGAUGAUUUUUGUCAUGCACGGGUCGGAGUGGAAGCUUGCCAUGUAAAAACAGUUACUGUAAUUUUGCUUGACUGUGAUUAUAAUAGGAGCCUUUCCUAGUCACAGUGUAUACCUCUAUGCUUAAACAAGAGUGCAUAGAUAAACUGAUAUGCAUGUAUAAUGUAUACCUGUAUGUAUUGCCUAUUUAGUUUGGUAUAUUAGGUCUGCAUUAGUAUUUUUGUUCAUUUUACACAUAAUAUUGAUUUAUUCAAGAAUAUUCAAUAGUAUCCUAUUAUUGUAAUAAACAAGAACCAUUAAUUCAACAAUGCGUUAUAAAGGUUAUGUAACUCCCCACUAAGUUUGAUUGUAAAUGUGAUACACAAUAUCAAACGCCACACAGCAGUUACCUGCCGGUGACAGUUUCCUCCUUUACCAUAAUCACUGCCACCUAUCGGGAGAUGAUGAACAAAAUCCCAAGUCACCAUUCAAAACUUUUUUUUUCUUUCUUUUUUCUGGUUUUGAAAACAUUAUUUAAUGGAUCUUUGUUAUUAUAUUGCAUUAAUAUAUGUAAAAUAAUCACUUUUGAAAAGUCUUAUAAAGCUUAAAACCAGCUAUUAUUGCAUGUGGGGGCAGAGAUCUCUGCUUGUCAAGGAAGAUAACUGCGUAGGAGUUUGACACAAUAUAAUUAUGUAGGCAUUACCACAGGUGAUAGUAAUGUAAUAGGUGAUACACAAUAUUAUUUGGUAUGAUGUCUCGAGAUUGUAAUGUGCAACGUGAUAUGUGCAUGCAUCUUGUAGAGAAAUUUGCUUCAUCAUGAAGAAAAGAAAUUUAGGUAUUUUAAAAGCCAUGGACUCUGUGUCAUAGGCUUGUGGAAACUUCAACCUUUUAAGAUAGUCAAAUGAAACUUGAUACACGUGUUGUCAGAGACCAUACAUACUUGUAUAGCAAGGUCAAUAACUCUGGAUUUAAUACUUUCAAUUAGUAAUGCCCCUUUUUAGACUGAACAUCAGCAGACAUGCAUUGUCCCCCUUCUCAUCGAUUGGUUAGUCCACUUGUUACCAUCAUGUUUGGUAUCCUGUUCAUAGUAUAAUAAAUAUUGUCAAUCAAAGCAUUUAGCAAACAGUUUAGAGUAAAAAAAACAACUUUUGCUAGGGGGUCCCCCCAAAAAUGAAUUUCUAGGAAAUGUGGAUACUUUGCAAAGGGCUAUUUGUGUGUUUUAAAGCUGUAGAAAAUUUAUAUAUCCGAGACGCAUUAAACCAGUGUUAGCGACUUGAUUCACAGCUCAGAAUUGUUUUAUAUCAUGUUUUAUUAUAACAAAGCAAGUUCUUUCGUUGUUGAUUUAUUUGUGCUAUGUUAUAUCAACAUUGUUUUGUAUGAGUUUGAUGCCAAUAAAUAUUUGAUUUUUC